AAUUGAAACCAACCCUAAGCUCUUUCUAUCUCCGCCUUUAAGGUAGCCCCGAUUAUUGCUGACUUAAGCAUCGGAGUGUCUACCCCGAGUUCCACCUCGGGGCUUUGCAGGUCAUUCCGGAGUGUAAGCGCGGACCAAAGAAGGACUUCUGGCUUGGUGCAAUUACAUUGGCGCCGUCUGUGGGAAACGAACUGAAAGCUUUUUAGUUGCUCUUUCAUCAUGGUUCACACUCGAUCAGUCCGAGCUGGUAAUUCAUCUCUGCCUCAUGGGCAAGGUCAACCCCCCAACAACCUUCCACCUCUGAUCCCACCUCAAAUCCCACCUCAGUUUCCACCUCAGGUCCCAACCAUAUUCCCUCCUGUUGAUCAUGCAGAAGGAGGAGAUGAAAACCAACCCCAUACCUCAGCUCACAAUUCAACUUCCACUGCCAACCAAGACGUGGUGACAGCUCAGCUUGCUGCCAUGCAGCAGCAAUUUGGUGUUUUUCAGUUGAAUCCCCAACCGGUUCAACCUGCUCCCGCUAUUAGCGAAUCUCAAGAUCAAUCCCACAUAGCGCCUGCUCAACAACCCAUCCCUGAUGAUGUUACUCGCCGCGUCGAUAGCUUAGAAAAGCUGGUAGCUGAACGCCGAGGUACUCCACCCCCACACCAUGCUGCUGACUCCAUACCUCACCCCCUAAAUACCAACAUCACACUGGAACCUUAUCCCAUUGGCUUCAAAAUACCACAACUGGAGACUUAUGAUGGGACGAAGGAUCCUGAUGAUCACCUGCAUGCUUUCUACUCUUGCAUGCAAGCUCAGAACGCCUCUGACGCGUUAAUGUGCAAAAUCUUCCCCUCUACUUUGCGAGGUAAUGCUCGAACUUGGUAUUACAGUCUACCUCCGAGGUCAAUUAGUUCUUACACAGAAAUGGCAUCUGCCUUUGCCACUAAGUUUUCCAGUAGAAGGUUCAAUGAUGCGGUGUUGGAGGUUAGUUCAUUCGACCAAGCUGUGGGCAUUGCAGCUGUAAUCUCUGGUCUCAAACAUGACAGGUUCCGAGACAGUUUGAUCAAACACGCUGCCACCACCUUUAGCGAGGUGAACGAUAGGUCUCUCAAAUUUAUAACUGCUGAGGAAUACGCCCUGGCGCAAAACCCACCUUCCUCUAAGAACCAGAACCCAGAAUGGAGAGAUGACAAUCUGAGCUGGAAAAGGAUGAGAAUGGUGCAAAAUCGAGGUCCGAUGUUGACCUCCCCAACGAAAUUCGGAAGGACGAACUCAACACCCCCGCAACAAUCUGCAGGUAAACCUCCAGUUAAUUGGACUCCCUUUAGUCUGCCAAGGUCACAAAUUUUUAUGCAGAUCAAGAAUAAAAUGGAUUUAAGGCGUCCUGGCCCGAUGAAAACUGCUGCUGCUAGUCGAGACCACACCAGAUAUUGUGAUUUUCAUCAAGAUCACGGUCAUACUACAGAGCAAUGCAACAGCUUAAAGUCCGAACUGGAAAGUUUAGCUCAGAAAGGAAUGCUAAAUGAGUAUGUUCAGAGAGCUGAACAGCCGAUGUUUAUCAGAAAACAGAGGCCGCAGCCUCAAGGAGUCCGCAAUCCCCCAAAUAGGCAAGGUGUGGGAUAUCAGCAAACCCCACCUCCGCUCCCACCACCAGCUAGAAUCAUACAUAUGAUUACGGGAGGCCUUGAAGCAGGUGGACUGAGCUCUAAGCAGAGAAAGCUGUAUGUCAGAGAGAUUAAACAUCAAAACCGAGCUCAGAAGCGAAAGAUUGACGAUGCUGAGUGGAAGAAUCAACCCAUUACUUUCACAUCUGCUGAUCUCGAUACAGUUGUUACACCCCACAAUGAUCGCUUGGUCACUUCUGUAAUGAUUAAUAACUGUGAAGUACAGCGUGUCCUUGUUGACACCAGGAGUGCACCAGACAUCAUGUACUUCCAUUGUUUCGAGAGUCUAGGAUUAGAUCCAGCAUUGUUGCAGAAGUAUGAUGGUCCUAUCUAUGGUUUCAACAACCAGCCUGUUCCGGUAGAAGGAGUUCUUACCCUCCAUGUGGCUUUUGGAAGUGGCAGAACCUAUGUGACUCCUUCAGUCCGGUUCCUCAUAGUCAAAAUGGCGUCUUCUUUCAACAUUGUUAUUGGUCGACCCACACUGACUGAAAUCCGAGCUGUGGUUUCCCAGUCUCACCUCUGUAUGAAGUUCCCAACUCCUAUGGGAAUAGCAACACUGCGAGGAAACCAGGAGAUGGCCAGGCAUUGUUAUAUCACCUCGCAAGUUAUGGGUGUUGAGAUCGUAGAUAAUCGACUGGAAGAUGAAACCAGAGCUGCCCCGGUUGAAGAUGUUGAAGAAGUGCUCAUUGAUGACAGAGAUUCGAGCCGAAAGAUGCAGAUCGGAACUAGAUUGAACCUAGAGGAAAGGGCAGAGCUAAUAGCUUUUCUUCGAGCUAAUAAUGAUGUAUUCGCAUGGAUUUCGGCAGACAUGCCAGGAAUUCCAAAUUCAGUCUCUCAACAUAAGCUCAGCAUCAAUCCAUUGAAGAAACCAGUGGCCCAAAAGCGGCAUCUCUUUGGGGGUGAGAGGCUUCAGGCUAUUAAAGAAGAAGUAACGAAGCUCCUACAGGCUGGUUUUAUCAGGAAAGUUGAUUACUGUGAAUGGGUGGCUAACCCAGUUCUGGUGAAAAAGGCAAAUGGCAAAUGGCGAAUGUGCAUUGAUUACACAAAUCUUAACCACGCCUGCCCUAAGGAUUGCUAUCUAAUGCCGAGCAUUGACAAAUUAGUUGAAGCGGCUUCAGGCAAUGAGAGGUUAAGCCUCUUGGACGCAUAUUCGGGGUAUCACCAGGUGCCAAUGGCUCUAGAAGACGAAGAGAAAACCACGUUCUAUGCUAGCGAUGAAAUUUAUUGUUAUGUCAUGAUGCCGUUCGGCUUAAAGAACGCAGGUGCUACUUACCAGAAAAUGGUAACCAUUGUCUUCCACGCUCAGAUUGGCAAGAAUCUGGAGGUAUAUGUCGACGACAUUGUGGUAAAGAGCCUAAAAGCAGAAGACCAUCUUGCCGACCUCGACGAAACCUUUAACAACCUCAGAAAGAAUAGGAUGCGGUUAAACCCAGCCAAAUGCAUCUUCGGAGUGGAGUCCGAAAAAUUUCUAGGUUUCAUGGUGUCCCAAAAGGGAAUUGAAGUCAAUCCAGAGAAGAUCAGAGCAAUUGCCGAGAUGGAACCGUCGAAAUCAGUGAAAGAUAUACAGAGGCUGACCGGAAGAGUGGCAGCCCUGCAUCGGUUCAUAUCGAAGUCAGCAGAUAAAUAGCCCAACGACUGGACCUUAUAUGUUGACGGAGCAUCUAGUAGCAAGGGUUCAGGGGCUGGCGCUCUCUUGAUUGGUCCAGAGGGAUACCGAAGCGAACAUGCCCUGAAGUUCAAUUUUGAUGCGACAAAUAACAUGGCUGAGUAUGAAGCUCUGCUACUUGGUCUACAGCUAGCAUUGGAGUUGAAAAUCAGUGUAAUUCAAGUAUACAGCGACUCCCAGUUGGUGGUAAACCAAAUCAACUCAAUCUGCGAAGUCGUUGAUCCUGUGAUGGCGAAGUAUGUAGCCUUGGUAACCGAGCUGAAGUGCAAAUUCCAGAAAUUCUAUCUGAGUAAAAUUCCCCGAGCUGAGAAUGAACAAGCAGAUUUACUCUCCAAGUUUGCCUCUGACAGCUCUUUAAGUUCCAGAUCCGUUUUUGUGGAGGUCUUAGAUGAACCAAGCUUCAUGAAGCCUCGGAUGAUGGAGAUUAGCACAAGCCCUGACACAUCGAGCUGGACUGACUCAAUUAUCUCCUUUUUGCGAGAUGGAAUAGUACCUGAGGACAGGCAGGAGGCAACGAAGUUGAGGAAGAAAGUAUCUCGGUAUACACUUGUUGAUGGGGUCCUCUAUAAGAGAUCUUUUUCACUCCCUCUUCUGCGAUGUUUGAAUCCCUACAAAGCCAAGUAUGCACUUCGAGAGAGGUGCCAAUUCUUUGCACAUCUGACUCACCAACCUGCAAAAGAACUCACGAACUUGGUAGCACCAUGGCCAUUUGCACAGUGGGGACUAGAUCUUUUAGGUCCAUUCGUAAAAGGGGUUGGUGGUGUAACCCAUCUGGUCGUUGGUGUGGAUUAUUUCACAAAGUGGGUUGAAGCUUGGCCUUUAUUUAGUCUUACCUCCAAGAAGGUCGAAGAUUUCGUCUUUAGCUCGAUCAUCUGCAGAUAUGGAAUCCCGAAUCAAAUUGUGACUGAUAAUGGAACUCAAUUCAAUUGCUCCUCAUUCCGAGAUUUCUGUUCCAGUUAUGGGAUCAAGUUACAGUUCACCUCCGUUUACCAUCUGGAGUCCAAUGGCAUGGUGGAAUCUGUUAACAAAUGCAUUUUGGAAGGUAUAAGGCCAAGAUUGGAGCAGCAUAAGGCCAAGUGGGUAGAUGAGCUCAACAACGUCCUCUGGGCAUACAGAACCAUGAGCCGAACUGCCACAGUCAGAGAAGAAGCUCGGCUUCGAACUCUUGUAUACAAGCAGAAACUAGCCAACUUUUAUAAUAAACGGGUCCACCCUCACACAUUCAAAGUAGGAGACCUUGUUCUCAGAAAAGUUGGCCUAACAGGGUUUGAAACUCAUUUUGGCAAACUCGCCCCAAAUUGGGAAGGCCCUUAUACCGUGGCCGAGGUGCCACAUCCUGGUGCCUAUGUCCUCCAAGACGCUGAAGGAAAGAGAGUUCCUAGAGUCUGGAAUGUCAAUAGCUUGAAGAAAUUUUACCCCUAAUAGAAUUCUUUCAAGAGAUCUAUGUCUUACAGUUCUUAUUUCAUGUUUGUUGAGAUUCAUUUUACCUCUUAUUUUAUGUAUCUGAGGUCAAUCAGUUCAUCCAUUCCUUGAACCUCACUUCUGUUAAUAAAUGUCACUUCACAUA